AUGAAGUUUGGACUUUUAUUUCCCGUCGGCCUGGCUUUUGCGUCUCAACUUGUCUCGGCCUGGAAUGACGGAUUUGGUGGCAUUGCACCUGGCUAUUUCUCAAUAGAAGUUCCCGAGGUUGGCCAAGCAAUCUCCGAGCCAGCUCCCCUUCAUCCAGGAUCUCGCUGCUACUCAGACAGCAACAAGGGCGUUCAAAUCAAGUACGGCGCACAGUAUCUGGAUGCUACCGUGGAUACUCGCUGCGGCAAUGUCAGAUUGCAGGGUACAAUUGCCAAUACAGCUCGUCGUUGCAUCAUUCCUGUCUCUGGAUAAAUUGUUAAUCCAACGAUACAGUGGAACGAGCUGCCUUUGUGUAUGAAACUAUAGAUGCGGAGGGAUCAUUCUGCUUCUAGUCCAUAAUCCCAGGAUAGUCGGCGGGGCCUUAGAAUUAGAAAACUUUGUCAAAUUGUAUCUAGAUAUAGCACACGCAAGUCAAGCAUUACAAGCUAGCUUAGAUAUAGUAGCUUUGGAAUAAACCCCGGCU